AUGGCUGACGAAUUCGACGAGACGGCCGCGGCCGCGGUCGAAGACAGGGCGCAGCAGGGCCGUAGGGGAGGACGUAGGGGCGGCCGUGGAGGAGGCGGCGGCGGCGGCGGCGGCGGCGGCGGCGGCGGCGGCGGACAGAGCAGAGAGGUCCUCGUCUCCAAGGCUCUUUCGAAGCUCCUGCGGCACCAGGCGGAGAACGCGGGGAUCAAGCUCGAGGAGGGCGGCUGGGCUCCCUUGGACAAGGUGAGGGAAAUUCAGGGAGACGCUGACGCAGGGUGCAUGAAGCUCGCGUACGGGCCCGUCAAGUCAUUAAAGGUCACGUUCGAGGACAUCAAGGCGGCGGUCUCGACGUCGGACAAGCAGCGCUUCGCGCUCAAGCCGAACGAGGCGACGAACCCGGCUCUGGACGAGGGCUCGACGGACCCGGCGCACUGGCUCAUCCGCGCGAACCAGGGGCACAGCAUCAAGCUCGACUCGGCGGCGCUGCUGACGCCCAUCACGGCGGAGAGCGGGAACGUGCCCGAGGUGGUCGUGCACGGGACGUACUUUGCGUUCUGGCGGCAGAUUGAGGAGUCGGGCGGGCUGCGGCGGAUGGGGCGGAACCAUGUGCACUUCGCGACGGGCCUGCCGACGGAUGAGAAGGGGGUGGUGUCCGGGAUGCGGAGGGACGCGGAGGUGCUUGUGUAUGUGGACGUGGAGGCGGCGCUGGCGGAGGGGAUGAAGUGGUGGGUGAGCGAGAACGGGGUCGUGUUGACGGAGGGGGACGAGGAGGGUUUUGUGCCGUGCAGGUUGUUUAAGGAGGUUAGGGGAAGGGAUGAGGCGGUUGUUGGGACGUUGUGGAGGGAUGGGGAGAGGGUUGCGGGGCUGCCUGAGGGGUUGAAGAUGAGGGCGCCGCCUGGGAAGGGGGGUAGGGGCGGACGGGGUGGGAGGGGACGGGGAGGGAGGUCGUGA